AAGUGAAGUGGCGCUUCAAAUUAUUUUACCCUAGAACUUUCAUUUCCCCCUUUCAAUCUCUCUCUUGGUUUCAACCCAUCGUUCUAAAUUUCUCUUUCUCUCCCCAAGCUGCUAUCUGGUGCCCGAAAGUCCCUAAUUUAAGAUGGAGCUAAAUCUGACGGCGGGGGCGGUGUCUCGGAUUAUAAGCCGUGAGGUGUCGACGGAGAGGGAUUUGAAACCUUUGCUUCAAGUGAUAGAACUGAAAGAGGUUCAAACGACGUCGAAGAAUCCUCAGCAGCAGCAGCAAGAACCGAAAAAGAGCGAGAGGUACAGGCUAUUGCUGUCGGAUGGGUCGUUGACGCAGCAAGGAAUGCUCGCUACCAGUAAGAACGAACUUGUGAAAUCCUCGAAGUUGCAAAUUGGCUCCGUUAUUCAAUUGACUCAGUACAUUUGCAACGUGAUCCAAGAUCGCAUGAUUGUUAUUAUUAUCGACUUGGAGGUGAUAGUUGAUAAAUAUGAUAUUAUUGGGAAGCCAGUAGCAGCACCAAGAUCUUCCAGGCUCACACAAGCCCCUACUGAUCAACCUGGGGCAGUGAUGGCACAGACCAACUCUUUAGGAGGAAGUUCACUUGGUGGCAGCAUGGGUGAUAAGCUGAACUCAGCUGGGACUACUCUGCAACAGCCUACAAUGAACCAAUGGCAGGGUGGUUCUCGUUCGAAUGAAUCUAAACAGAUAAGAAGUCCUGCUGCUAAUGCACCAUCCUUUUACCCUAAAGCAGAUCCUUCUUCUGGUUUUCCUGGACCAUCACCUAUAAAUGGACCACUUGGUGUUCGGAGUGCUGGUUUCAAUAAUCCUAGGCCAGCAGCUUCACGUCCUGUAAGCACCUCUAACUUCCAAUCCAUACCCACAUACCAGCAGCCAUCUCCAAUGUACAGCAACAGAGGCUCAGUUGCCAAGAAUGAAGCACCACCCAGGAUAAUCCCAAUUUCUGCUCUGAAUCCAUAUCAGGGCAGGUGGACAAUAAAAGCCAGAGUAACAGCCAAGGGAGAACUUAGGCGCUAUAAUAAUGCUCGUGGUGAAGGUAAAGUUUUCUCUUUUGAUCUUCUUGAUUCUGAUGGUGGGGAAAUACGAGUGACUUGCUUUAAUGCCGUGGUUGACCAGUUUUAUAAUCAGAUUGAAGCUGGUAAGAUUUAUUUGAUUUCUAGGGGAAGUCUAAAACCUGCUCAGAAGGCAUUUAAUCACCUUAAUAAUGAGCAUGAAAUAUUUCUUGAUAGCACAUCAACAGUACAGCUAUGUUAUGAGGAUGACAACAGAAUUCCACGGCAGCAAUUUAAUUUCCGUACCAUAAGUGAAAUUGAAGGUAUGGAGAACAAUACUAUGGUGGAUAUAGUUGGUGUGGUAUCAUUUAUCAGCCCUGCUGUGUCAAUAAUGAGGAAAAAUGGUAUAGAAACUCAGAAGAGAACCCUUCAUUUGAGGGACAUGUCUGGUCGAAGUGUUGAAUUAACUCUAUGGGGAUCUUUUUGCAAUGCUGAAGGACAAAAGCUCCAAUCUUUGUGUGAUUCUGGAGAGUUUCCAGUUCUGGCUGUGAAAGCUGGUAGGGUGAGUGAAUUUAAUGGGAAGGCUGUGGGCUCUAUCUCUACAACCCAGUUAUUUAUAGAUCCUGAUUUUCCUGAGGCUCACAGGUUAAAGGAGUGGUUUGUUAGUACGGGGAGGAACACUCCUUCUGUCUCUAUUUCCAGGGAAACAUCAACUGUGAGUAGAGCAGAUAAUAGGAACACUUUAUCACAAAUCAAAGAUAAGAAGCUAGGAACUUCUGAGAAGCCAGAUUGGAUUACAGUAGUAGCAAGGAUUGCAUACAUCAAGUUGGACAAUUUCUGCUAUACAGCUUGUCCUAUCAUGAAUGGGGAUCGUCAAUGCAACAAAAAGGUUACAAAUAAUGGAGAUGGGAAGUGGUGGUGUGAUAAAUGUGAUAGGGCUGUAGACGAAUGUGAUUAUAGAUAUAUAAUUCAGUUCCAGAUACAGGAUCAUACAGGCAUAACAUGGGUGACUGCUUUUCAGGAAUCUGGUCAGGAACUAAUGGGGGUGUCUGCAAAAGAUUUGUACCAUUUGAGGUAUGAAAACCAAGAUGAUGAGAAGUUUAUGGAAAUCACACGUCAAGUUAUGUUCAAUAAAUAUAUAUUCAAGUUGAAAGUGAAGGAAGAAAUUUUUAGUGAUGAACAACGUGUGAAAUCAACAGUGGUGAAAGUAGAAAAAGUGAAUUUUCCAUCAGAUUCAAGGUCCCUUUUGGAUUUGAUUGAGAAGAUUAAAACAAAUGAUUUUGGUCCUUCUGCAUCAAAGGCAGAGUUCAGCACUCCUAAUCCUGGUCUGGGUUAUGCUGCUGGGGUUGGGAUUGAUGGAAGCAGAGGUGCACCGACAAUUGCUAGUAGAGAAUAUGGGUUGCCAGUAAACCAAGGGGGUCAAUAUGGAAACCAUUACAGUGGUUCUAGGCUUAUAGAAACUGCUUCAAGCAUGAAUAUAUUCUGUAAUAGUUGCGGUGUUACUGGUCAUAGCUCUACCAAUUGUCCUACCAUCAUGAAUGGUCCGGUACAGUCUGUUGGUAGGGACUACUCUGAUAGAAUGUAUUCUGGGACAACUGUUGGCCAAGUAUCUGGUGAGUGCUUUAAGUGCCAUCAAACUGGACAUUGGGCAAGAGACUGCCCAAACUCAGGUGCUGUACCUUUGAGGCACUGAUUUUUCUGCUGGGAGAUAUGGAGGUCUUUUGAGGCAACAGGACAUUGGACUUGGGAGAGCCACGAGUUGCUGGUGGAAUUCCAUUUUUGACACCUUAAAGUGAACUGAAGCUUUCACGUUUCACACAAUUGAAAAUUGUCACUUCGGGUGUUGGACUUUCAUUUUUCUCGUUUCUCCUUUUUUUUUGGUUGUGUUGUUGUUUGGUUACGAGUAAAUGGCAGAUGUAAUUUCUACGCAUGGGAUUUUUCUAUAUAUAACCAUAUUUGAGAUGCGAGUCUGAUGCUCUAUCGACAAAGCGCGUUGCUUUUGGCAUGCAUGAAACUUUUGAACUACAUGUAAAUGGAAAAAGGGUAGCUUUUCAGGCA